AUGCCUCCCAAAGCCGCUGAGAAGAAGCCCAGCACCGGUGGCAAGGCCCCGGCUGGCGGAAAGGCCCCUGCUGAGAAGAAGGAAGCUGGCAAGAAGACCGCCGCCGCCGCUUCUGGUGAUAAGAAGAAGCGUGGAAAGACUAGGAAGGAGACUUACUCGUCCUACAUCUAUAAGGUCCUGAAGCAGGUUCACCCCGAUACCGGUAUCUCGACCCGUGCCAUGUCGAUUCUGAACUCUUUUGUCAACGAUAUCUUUGAGCGGGUUGCAACCGAGGCCUCCAAACUUGCCGCCUACAACAAGAAGUCUACCAUCUCUUCGCGGGAGAUCCAGACCUCUGUCCGGCUUAUUCUUCCCGGUGAGUUGGCGAAGCAUGCGGUGUCUGAAGGCACUAAGGCUGUGACGAAGUAUUCUUCGUCUGCCAAAUAAGCAUUUUCUUUUUGUCUUUGUUUUUAUGCAGGAUUGUUCUUUUGCCGCCUCGUCAUCUGAUAUGACUGUGGUGGUGGGUUACAGGGUGUUUG